AUGUUGCCUGGGAUGGAGCGAUGGAGAGUGGCUGGUCAGGCUCAUGUUGUUUUCCUCAGAGCAGAGGAGGCUGAGGGGGGGCACCUGCUGGAGGUGGAGAAGGGCAGAGAUACAGCAGCUCGGGAGAAACCUCUCCCUGUUAGUAGGAACCAGGGGGCACAGCUUGAAGACACCGCAGUGUAUGGACUUACUAAAGACCACAUUCUGCUUUUCCGACACAACCCGAGCUCUAAGAACAUCCUACAGAGACUCCUGUCCGAUGAUGUCAUCCACGAGGGGGACCUCAUCGAGGCUGUCAUUACAGGCUUGGUGUCCAUCGGAGACAGUAACAUCCGGCCCCACGUGCUCUACGUACACUCCUACAGGGCCCCGGCCUUCUGCAACUCCUGCGGUGAGAUGCUGUGGGGCCUGGUACGACAAGGCCUGAAGUGUGACGGCUGUGGCCUGGACUAUCACAAGAGAUGUGCAUUUAACAUUCCAAACGACUGCAAGAGGAGACAUCGCCAAAGCCUAGGCCUAGGCCCGACUGGCAACUCCAACCACAACCGGUCAGCAGAAAGUACCAGCAACCGCGAAGAGGCUUGCUCCCAACACGUUACGUUUGGUGGUCGAACUCCAUCCUUCAGUGGACGCCCGAUUUGGGUGGACAGACAGGAGAUGGCAAGGGUAAAGGUGCCACACACAUUCCAUAUCCACUCGUACACACGGCCUACCAUCUGUCAGCACUGCAAACACCUCCUCAAGGGGCUAUUCCGACAAGGCAUGCAGUGUAAAGACUGCAAGUUCAAUUGUCACAAACGCUGUGUCCCCUUGGUCCCGAACAAUUGCCUGGGAGAAUCGACUUUAACCAACGGAGAUGAUGGAGCGGGCCCGGAGCCCGGAGACUCCCAGGCUGAUGGAGACACUGGAUAUUCCGAACCCAGCGACACAGGCACCCCAUUUCCAGAAUGUUCUGAGAAUGUUCCCAAAUCCGAACCCAAUUCUCCAUCGGACUGGAGCCUGGAGGGAUCCACAACUCCCAUCAG